AUGUUUAAAGAAACACAUGACGAUCCACACGGGAGAGAAACCAUUCAGCUGCUCAGUUUCUGCUCUGAGUGUGGGAGGAGAUUUGGCUUCAAGUCACUUCUGAAGACAAACAUGAUGACUCACGCAGGAGAGCAACCUUUCAGCUGCUCUGUCUGUAAGAAAUCUUUUAUACAGAGAGGAGAUUUGCUGAACCACAUGAGAACUCACACAGGAGAAAAACCUUUCAGCUGCUCAGUUUGUAAGAAAGCUUUUUCAUUGUGUGGAAACUUGCGGUCACAUAUGAGAAUCCACACAGGAGAAAAACCUUUCAGCUGCUCUGAGUGUGGUAAAGCUUUCACUGAAAAUGGAACCCUGAAGAAACACAUGAUAACUCACACAGGAGAAAAACCUUUCAGCUGCUCAGUUUGUACUAAGCGAUUUGGCUACAACUCAGCUCUGAAGGAACAUAUGAGAAUCCACACAGGAGAGAAACCUUUCAGCUGCUCUGUCUGUAAGAAAUCUUUUACACACAGUGGAGCUUUAAAGAUGCACAUGAGAAUCCACACAGGAGAGAAACCUUUCAGCUGCUCUGUUUGUAAUAAAUCCUUUAUGCAGGGUCGAGAUUUACAGAAACACAUGAGAAUCCACACAGGAGUGAAACCUUUUAGCUGCUCAGUCUGUAAAAAAUCUUUUACACAGAGUGAAAAUCUACGGUCACACACGAAGAGAAGAACUCACACAGGAGAGAAAAAAUACAGCUGCAGUGUUUGUGACAAAAGAUUUGCCUGGCGUUCUGAUGUCAAAACACAUAAAUGUGUUGGUCCGAUGGAAACAGAAGCUGAUGGAGAGGACUGUAGAGGACCAGAACCAGCAGGAAGUCUGGAACACUUCCGGACUUUUAUUUUGAAGCUCAGCAACCAAUCUGCACCGGAAGCUGUAGUCUUUGCUGCGGCUGACUUCACACUUUGA